CAUCAACACCUCCAAAACUAAAGAACUCAUUGUAGACUUCAGGAGGAGGAAGUCCGAUUUUCAGACAAUCUGGAUAAAUGGGGAGUGUGUGGAGAAGGUAUCCACCUUCAAGUUCCUGGGAGUGUAUAUGGACGCAGACCUCCAAUGGAGUUACAACACCUCAGCGGUCAUGAAAAGGGCACAGCAACGUCUCCACUUCCUAAGAAUCCUCAGGAGUCUCAAUCUUAAGAAGGAACUGCUGACUGUUGUCUUACUGCUGGUCCGUGGAGAGUGUGCUGACUUAUUGUAUCUCUAUGUGGUACUCCAGUUGCACCACGGCACACAAAAAGGACUUACAAAGGGUCAUCAACAACACCCAAAAAAUCAUUGGGCAUCCCCUACCAUUGCUUAAGGAAUUCUACAGCAACCGCCGUCUCAGAAGGGCAGACAGGAUUAAAAAAGUCAUCACACAACCAGGUCACCAGUUGGCUGAAGAUGAUCCUAAAGCCAAAAGUCAAAAGUAUAAAGUUCUCUACAGAAUGGACAGCCUACCAACGCCGAUUGACUCCUCAAAUGUGACCCCUAAAGACUGGAGUGACAUGGCUGAAAAAAUUAAGGAACACAUGGGCGUGUACGAUGGGUUUGUUAUUAUCCAUGGAACAGACACGAUGGCCUUCACCUCCUCUGCUCUGUCCUUUAUUUUGGGGAAAAUCAACAAGCCUGUGAUCGUGACUGGAGCUCAGAUGCCCAUCUUCCAUCCUCGAACUGACGGUCUGGAUAACUUUGUUGGUUCGAUGCUCAUGGCUGGGUACUUUUGUGACAGAGAGAUGCUGCAUCAGGUGAUGCUUUAUGAUCUGAACAAACUGUACCAGGGCAACCGAGUGGUGAAGUUUGACUGUGAUUCCUUCAGUGUGUUUGACAGUCCUAAUGUGUUCCCGAUCGCCAGCCUGGAAACUACCAUCAAACUAUAUGAACAUAAGAUGGUGGAGCCCAUAUUCCCUCCCUCCUUAAAGAGCAAAGCAUUCACACGGGCAGAAACACCAGAAGUGAGGAUCCUGAGAUUUUUCCCUGGAAUCACAGAAAAUUAUGUCCGUGGCAUUCUGGUCGGAGCUGAUGGUGUCAUCCUGGAGACGUACGGAAGUGGGAACGUUCCAGAUGUUGCCUGGCUAAAGGAAUGUCUGACUGAAGCUGAUAAGAGAGGUGUUCUGAUGCUGAACUGUACUCAGGUGUAUCGAGGCACCGUCUUACCCAUCUACGCUACAUUUGAGGCACAUGUUAUUCCUGGAUAUGACAUCACUCCUGAGGCAGCAAUGACCAAGAUGAUCUGGGUGCUGAACUCAGGCUUUAACCCAGAGACAAAACGCAAGAUACUGAAGCACAGUUUGUAUGGGGAAUCAUGUGCCCCUCCCUACAGCCCACUGCUGCCGAAUGUGGAACCUGGAGAGAGAGAACAGACACCGGAAUAAAAUCAGCAUGAUUGGUCAUUCAAACAAGAUGAAAUGAUUGAGUCUGUUUGUGAAAAAAGGUCAAGAAAAGUAAACAGUCUAAACCAAUCAACAAAGUCUAAUUGAUCUCUAAUGUUCUAAUCAAAUAAACUGAUUCAUUGCCUCCA